AGUCACAAAAAGAAAGUGACACCCCAUCUGAUGAUGGCUGUGGGGACAGCUGUGAUUGGCUCUUUCCAGUUUGGCUACAACACAGGUGUCAUCAAUGCUCCUCAGAGUAUCAUUGAGAGCUUCUACAAUGAGACGUGGAACAGCAGGUUUUCUGAGCCCAUCUCUCAGACCACUCUAACAGCUCUGUGGUCUCUCUCUGUGGCCAUCUUCUCCGUGGGGGGGAUGCUCGGCUCCUUCUCUGUUGGCGUCUUAGUCAACCGCUUUGGCAGGAGGAACUGCAUGCUCAUGGCCAAUGUACUCGCCUUUGUUGCUGCUGCGUUUAUGGGCUUCUCCAAGCUGGCUGCUUCCUUCGAGAUGCUCAUCACUGGCCGUUUCGUAGUGGGUCUCUACUCUGGUCUCUCCACUGGCUUUGUGCCCAUGUACGUUGAAGAAAUCUCACCCACGUCUCUCCGCGGAGCAUUAGGCACUCUGCAUCAGCUUGGUGUGGUGAUCGGCAUUCUCGUGGCACAGAUCUUUGGGGUUGAAUCCAUCAUGGGAAAUGCCUCCCUGUGGCCCCUCCUGUUGGGUUUUACUCUGCUGCCAGCAGUGCUGCAGUGUGUCCUGCUGCCCCUUUGUCCCGAGAGCCCCCGAUACCUCCUCAUCAACUGCAACGAGGAGAGCAAGGCCCGAAGCAUUUUGAUGAAGCUGCGGGGCACCGACGAGGUGAAUGAGGACAUACAGGAGAUGAAGGAGGAGAGCCAGCUGAUGAAGAGGGAGAAGACGGUGACCAUCCCCGAGCUGUUCCGCUCCCCCAGCUACCGCCAGCCCAUCUUUGUUGCCAUCAUGCUGCAGCUCUCACAGCAGCUGUCUGGAAUCAAUGCUGUGUUUUACUACUCGACUGGGAUCUUUGAGCGAGCAGGUGUGUCCCAGCCCGUCUAUGCAACCAUUGGAGCAGGAGUGGUCAACACUGCCUUCACUGUGGUUUCUCUGUUUGUGGUGGAGCGAAUGGGCAGGAGACCGCUUCAGCUCAUCGGUUUGAUGGGGAUGGCAGUUUCAGCAGUUUUUCUAACUGUUGCCAUGUCGCUGUUGGACCAGCUCAGAUGGAUGUCCUACGUCAGCAUCGCAGCCAUCUUCAGCUUUGUAGCAUUUUUUGAAAUUGGCCCCGGCCCCAUCCCGUGGUUCAUUGUAGCCGAGCUCUUCAGCCAGGGGCCCCGACCUGCUGCAAUUGCAGUCGCUGGUUGCUCCAAUUGGUCUGCCAACUUCUUAGUGGGGAUGUGCUUCCAGUAUGUUGAGCAACUCUGUGGUCCAUACGUCUUCAUCAUCUUCACCGUCCUGCUGCUCGGGUUCUUCGUCUUCACCUACUUCAAGGUGCCAGAGACCAAGGGCCGCACCUUUGAUGAAAUCGCAGCGGGCUUCCGCCAGUCAGCUGGUCAGGGUAGUGACAAGUACUCGGCCCCUGAAGAGUUCAGCACCCUCAGGGGGGAUGACCCCGACCUUUGA